AUGCGGUANNAACCGGGAGAGUGCAGCAACUCGUCAGAUCUUUGGUCAGCUCGUCGCAUUUGCUCCAGCCGCCUCAACUGCGAGGUAGACUCAGAAGUCCUCACGAAAGCAUCUUCUCCGGGGUACCGCAACAAAGAAAUACUCCUCGAUGUCACACACGCAGACCCGCAAGCACAGGCGUCAAGACGCUGAAAACAGGCGAACAAGAUCGACCUCGAACCAGUCAACGCCAAUGAUAUGGGGAUGGAGUGUAGACGCAUCGUACAACGCGUUUUCGUUUGAGGUUGGCGUCUUGUUUGAGAGUAGAUGUGACAGAUUUGCGUAGAAUAGGGGUAAGAUGUUAUCAUGAACGGAGAUGAAAGGGCUUUUCCAACACGGAGAUGUAGCAUGGAUCAAAGCAUUUGUUGGAUUUCAGCUUUUACAAGCGGACAUCAACGCAGUAGUAUUUUAGCAAGCUUACGAACGCANCAGUCGAACCUCGCUCAAGUUAACACAUGGUUUUCCCGAAAAAAUGUUAACUUAAGGCGGGGAAGUUAACUUAUAAUUCAGGGGACCACAACUCACCAUCCCCGGGGCCAAAAGAGGCGGUGAAUACCUCAAUAGACGCGCAUUGGGCUCCACUACGUGUUUGACGAGAGAGGAGACUGAAAAAAGUGAGGGAGCAUAUUUUUAUGUCCAUUUUACUAAACAACACUAUAACCGAGAUGCUAUGUUGGAAUGCUUGAACCCACGCACACAUUUCUCAAAACUGUCGUCGAUCGCAAUGUACAGCCACUCCUCCUGUGUAGUAGUCUCAUGCGGUGCCACGCAUUCAAGACAUACAUAGGCCACCCCAAACACAGCUCUGGUCGUUUGUACCGCACACUCUACGACCUCCACAUGUCGCGCAGAGUUGCCUGCAGCUCCCCCCCCUCCUUGGCUCGCCGCUUCACUUGAGUUUCGUGAGUGA